CCGCGGGGGCCGGGGCCCAGAGCGCAGCGGAGGCGGAGCGGAGCGAGCGAGGAAGCCCGGAGCAGAGGCCCAGCCAGCAGCCGCUCCGCCUCCCAACCCGCAGGGCCCCGACGGCGGAGCCGCGGGUCUCGCGGUGUCCGAGGCCAGGCGCAUGGCACCCGGGGGAGCACCCUGAGCACGGGGCGCGGCGCCGCGGGCGGCACGAUGGCCCUGGAGCAGGCGCUGCAGGCGGCGCGGCAGGGCGAGCUGGCGGUGCUGGAGUCCCUGCACGAUGCGGGCCAGCUGGGGCCCUGGCUUCGAGACCCGCUGGACGCGCUGCCCGUGCACCACGCGGCCCGCGCGGGCAAGCUGCACUGUCUGCGCUUCCUGGUGGAGGAGGCCGCGCUGCCCGCCACGGCCCGAGCGCGGAACGGCGCCACCGCGGCCCACGACGCCGCUGCCACCGGUCACCUCGCCUGCCUGCAGUGGCUGCUCUCGCAGGGCGGCUGCAGAGUGCAGGACAAAGACAAUUCUGGUGCCACAGUCCUGCAUCUGGCUGCCCGCUUCGGCCACCCCGAGGUGGUGGACUGGCUGCUGCGUCGCGGCGGUGCGGACCCCGCCGCAGCCACAGACACGGGAGCCCUGCCUGUCCACUACGCCGCCGCCAAAGGAGACUUCCCCUCCCUGAGGCUGCUCGUCGGGCACCACCCUGAGGGAGUGAAUGCCCAAAUCAAGAACGGUGCCACGCCCUUGUACCUGGCGUGCCAGGAGGGCCACCUGGAGGUGACGCAGUACCUGGUGCAGGAGUGCGGCGCGGACCCGCACCUGAGCGCCCACGAUGGCAUGACUCCGUUGCACGCUGCGGCACAGAUGGGUCACAGUUCGGUCAUCGUGUGGCUGGUGAGCUGCACCGACGUGAGCUUGUCCGAGCGGGACAAGGACGGCGCCACGGCCAUGCACUUUGCGGCGAGCCGCGGCCACGCCAAAGUGCUCAGCUGGCUCCUGCUGCACGGCGGCGAGAUCUCGGCCGACCUGUGGGGCGGGACCCCACUGCACGACGCCGCCGAGAACGGGGAGCUGGAGUGCUGCCAGAUCCUGGUAGUGAACGGCGCGGAGCUGGACGUCCGCGACCGCGAUGGGUACACAGCCGCCGACCUCUCAGAUUACAACGGCCACAGCCACUGCACCCGCUACCUGCGCACGGUGGAGAACCUGAGCGUGGAGCACCGCGUGCUGUCCAGGGACCCGUCCGCCGAGCUGGAGACCAGGCAGCCGGACUCGGGCAUGUCCUCGCCCAACACCACCAUGUCGGUGCAGCCCCUGAACUUCGACCUCAGCUCGCCCGCCAGCACGCUCUCCAACUACGACUCCUGCUCCUCCAGCCAGUCCAGUGUCAAGGGCCGGCGCCCGCCCCGAGGUGGCCCUGCUCUGAAGGCACACCCUGGAGCCCGAAGUCCCCCGGUGCCUCCCCCCCACACCGGAGCCUGUGGUCUCUCCCCAGCAGGGCCCCCCAGCACCAGAGCUGCAGACAUACAGAGCUACAUGGACAUGCUGAGCCCGGAGCUGAGCCUGGCCCAGGGCAAGACGGAGAAAACCACGGCACCCCCACCACCGCCCAGCUUCCCUCCGCCGCCCCCUCCCCCGGGCACCCAGCUGCCUCCUCCCCCACCGGGCUACCCGGCGCCCAAGCCCCCCGUAGGGCAGCAAGCCGCUGACAUCUACAUGCAGACCAAGAGCAAACUCCGCCACGUGGAGACCCAGGCCCUCGGAAAGGAGCCGAACGCCCGCGACGGCCACGACGGGCUGCGCAGGCAGGACUCCGGCCGCAAGCCCCGCGCCUUCAGCAAGCAGCCCAGCACGGGGGACUACUACCGCCAGCUGGGCCGCUGUCCCCGGGAGCCGCCGGCCGCUCGCCCGGGCAUGGCGCACAGCGAGGAGGCGGCGCUGCUCCCCGGGAGUCACGUGCACAACGGCUGCGCCGCGGACCCCAAGGCGUCCAGGGAGCUGCCGCCCCCGCCGCCGCCGCCGCCGCCGCCCCUGCCGGAGGGCCUGAGCUCGCCUCCCCCCGCCCCGCCGCUGCCCCUCGAGGGCGCGGGCCCCGGCUGCGGGCAGCGCCGCUCUUCCUCUUCCACUGGCAAAGUGAGAGUCCUGAGGCACAGGAAGAGCACCAAGUCUUUCAACAUGAUGGCCCCGACGGGUGACAACUCGGAGCUUCUGGCUGAGAUCAAGGCUGGCAAGAGUCUGAAGCCCACACCGCAGAGCAAGGGUCUGACCACGGUGUUCUCCGGCAGCGGUCAGCCAGCCUCCCAGCCCGACUCGCCGCUGCCGCCAGCGUCGCCGGCGCCCUCUCGGGCCCGCAGCCCCACCCCGCCGGCCGUGGGGCCCCAGCCGCUGCUCAACGGCAGCCUGGCACCCGCGCCGCCCUCCACCCCAGCGCCGGGGGUGCAGCUCGACGUGGAAGCGCUCAUCCCCACGCACGACGAGCAGGGCCGGCCCAUCCCGGAGUGGAAGCGCCAGGUGAUGGUCCGCAAGAUGCAGCUGAAGAUGCAAGAGGAGGAGGAGCAGAGGCGGAAGCUGACAUCCGCCAGCUCGUGCUGCUACCCCCGCGAGGGCUGGAGGUAUUCCCGCGAAUACAACGGCAUUCUCGGGCCCUUCGGAGAGCUCAUGACCGAGGCCGACAUCCUCCGCAUCGAGCAGCAAAUCGAGAACCUGCAGGUGUUGCACAAGGCGCAAAAGCUGGAGGCGCGCCUGAAGCAGCUGGAGCUGGAGCUGGAGCAACUGCUUCCCAUCUCGGCCGCUCUGUCGGCGCCGCGCUUCACGGUUGACCCGCGCCGCAUGCACGGCCGCGCCGCUAGCCUGCCCGCCUGGUGCAGCAAGAUCUCCGCGCUGCUCAAGAGCAUGGCCACGCUGCUGGCCGCCCUGGGCGGCCGGCCCGCGCACCUGGCGGAUCUGCUGGCCGCCGAUACCGGCCUGCCGCUGGCGCCGCUGCCGGACGCUCCCUGGCGGCCGGGCCCGCUCUGCCUGGGACGCUCACACUCGCUCAGCUGGUGCCGCGAGGCCGUGGCGCGCGAGAUCCUCGAGUGCGGCGUGUCGGUAAAGCACCUGCGCGCCACCUACGAGCUGCUCGCUCAGGGCUCCGCGCCCCCGCGCAGUCCGCGCCGCAAAUACUCGCUGUCGCCCGGCGCCCCAGGCCGGGAACCCAUUCUCGAAGAGGACUACAUGGUAGGCGGCCCCGGCGAGCCGAGCGCCGCAGCCACUGCCAACAGCCUGCCGCCCGCGCAGGAGCCCCAGGCCUACCUGGAUGCGCCCGAGGUGCCAGGCCGCCAGGCGGCGCUGCCGGAGCCAGAGCAGCUGGCCCGCAGGCCGCCGCUCCCCACGGAGCUGCGCGGCGUCCAGGACUACAUCGACAUGCGCAAGGAGCGCAUCGUCUACCUCUUCCUGGAGCACUGGCGCAAGUGGACCUUCCACGGCCACGGGCGCCAAGCCCAGACGCGCCUGCGCAGACUGCUGCCGCGCGUGGUGGCCGCCGGCGCCGACCCGGUCCCUGAGGCCCUGGAGGCCGCCGAGGUCCCGGAGCCGCCGACCGGGGACGGCCCCGACAAGCGGCUGCUGCGCCUUCUGAAGCAGCGGCAGGUGGUGGGCAAGCUGCUGGGCCACUGGCGGAGCCUGCUGCGGCAGGUGCCCGCGCGCCAGCCCUGCGGCCCGGGCCUGGCGCACGGCCUGUACUGGCCCGAGCACUUCCUGCCGCCCCUGGACGGCGGCGCGCCCCCGAGCUACGACAGCCUCACGCUGGACCUCUUCAUGCUGGGCUACUUCCAGCUGCUGGAGAUGGGCCUGAGCCGCGAGGAGCGCAAGUUCCGCCAUCUGCUGUGCUACGAGAUGUUCGACCGGCUGGGAAGCCACCCGUGGGAGCUCAUCCGCCAGUUCCACCGCGUGGUGCUCGAGGAGGUGGAGGCCGGCCGGCGUGGCUGGAGCGACGGCUUUGAGGACCUCAAGCAUCAGUUCUUUGGAGACAGCCUGGAGGCUAAGCCGGCUUGGGAGGAAGAGGAUGAGAAGGAGCAGGAAGAGGCUGAGAAGGAGCAGGAAGAGGAGAAAGGAGACAAGGAGGAGGAGAGGGAGCCGGCCCAAGAGGCUGUGCCAGCUCAGAGGGAAGACUGGCCAGAGGGCCACCCCGAGGCCCCGGGCCCUGCACCGCAGCCCCCGUCCCCACCGCCGCCAGCGGCGCCUCCCCCGACCCCGUCGGACCCUCCUGGGUCUGAAGCCCCCGCCGAGGACCCCCUGGAGCUGUUGUCGGGGAUGGGCGAGUUCAGCGACGAGGACAUCUGCCGCUACAUCGACCGCAGCUUCUCCUUCUGGAAGGAGAAGGAGGCAGAGCUCUUCGACAUCUGAGCAGCAGAACUCAGAAUCUACGCUCAAGCAUCCUCACUCGGGCCUGGACGCCAGGCCGAUGUGCUCUGGAGGCCACAGGUGGUCAGGAAGAGCCCCGGAAGGGGGCCUCGGAGACCCCGGAAUGCCCAGGACCAGGCUGCCUCUGCCUCUGAGGUCCCGCCAUGGCCGGGUGUGGGGAGUUGGCCAGGAUAGGCCUCGCUCAGCCCGGGGCGGACCACGCGUUCCCCCUGGCCCUGCAGCCUCGGCUGGCUCCGCGUGGAGCCAGGAGGAAGAAGCAGCCCCUCUGAGUGAGGGACCUUGUGUCCCCCUUGGGGCUGUGUGGCGCUCGCUCUCUCUCUCUCUUUCUCUGGAGUUCACAGCUACCUCUUCGGCUGAGGGCACGGGAGCCACGUGUGCAGUGUUCCGUGUGACGUGUUCUCUGUAACAUGCAAGUAAUAAAACGCUUUGCUCU